AUGGAGUCCCCCGCUAUCCCGGUCCCGCUGGACCCGCGGGAGCAGCCCAUCCUCGAACGACUGCUCCGAACCCGCGACGCCUUGCUCCUCAUCAAACAGGACAAGUCUUCAUACGUCAAGUCCCGCGAUGUUCUACCGCUUUACGAAGAAGUGAUCGAAGAAGUGGAGAAGCUCAAUGUAGCACGCAAAGGGCAAGAGCGACGCUCGGCACAUAAUCGCUUGGAUUAUGUUUUGGAUGACUGCUUCCAGUUGAUAUCUUUGCUAUUUUUGACAGUUGGAAGGAAUAACGAAGCUCCCGCAGUCUACUCUCUGGCAACAACUAUCCAGCGCUUACUCGACCACCUUGAAGAGGCUGGAUUCUACAGCUCGAAAGAUUUGAACUCAAUCACCAAAACAUUAGAGUCUACACGGGCAACCCUUGAGCGUGGCCGUGAUACCUACUCACCGGCGCUUCUCACGCUCUUAGAGAGUCGACUGGAACAAUGUGAACAGUUACUGGUGAAAUUGCAGAAAGGUCUUGCAGGGUUGGCCCCUCCAUUGGCGCAGACACACGAGACACUGGUCUCGAUUUUGCGAUCAACAUCCGCCGUGAACACUCGAUCAAAGUUCUCGGCCUCGGAAGUCAAUGGCCUCCGGGAGCAACUGAAGAAGAUUGAAAAGACACAGAAGGAUGGUAACUUCGUGGAUGCGGAGGGGAAUAUUCUUGCAGGACAGGAGGAUGUCAAGUCUUUGAUUCACAGAUGUUGGCGGUGGACCGACCUUGUCCUUGAGCGAGAGGGCAAAAUCGACGAGCGAUUCCGUGAACAAUAUGAACGACUGUUGGAGAUUCGCAAUCAACUGGAUCGUUUGUCUGUAACACAAGCUUGGUCGCUGCGCGAGACCGACCUCUUUGGGUAUCAACGGAAGUUAGAUCGACUCGACGAGGCACGGAUUAAUGGAAACUUUGUCGAUGCCGGGGGUCAACCAGCAGACCUGCAUGCGCAGCGAACUCUGCUAUACCUCAUUCGCCGCAGUUAUGCAUACAUUUACGCACUUUUGAUCUCAUCAGAACCUGUCUCAGAAGCUCUUCUUCCCGUUUACAAUCAACUCCAAACGCUUCGCCGAUGCUUGAUUGAAGUGAAGGAGUCAGGAGGUGUCGCAAAUUCUCGCGAACUCUACCCAUACAGCAUGAAGCUCAAUUCCAUUGACAACAUGCGAGUUGAUGGGAAAUUCUACGUCGGUCCAGAUAUCCCAGAGGGCCAGGGCAGUGUCAACAAUCUGCUGGCUGAAUGCUACGAUUUGGUCUGGGAACUGCGUGCCGCAGUGGUUGACGAGGAUACAGAGUCUUGA